AUGGCGUCUCGUCAGAGGAACUCGGUGCGGAUCCUGUCGAGCCGAGAGCGAGGCUCUCAGACGUUUGGCUCUCAGAGGCUCCUGCAGCUGCUGGUGGAGGAAAAAGUCCGCUGGAUGAAGUGGCAGAGUCAGGUAGGCUUAAUUUACAGAGUCAAGUAGGCUUAAUUAACACAGUCAGGUAGGCUUUAUUCACAAUGUCAGGUAGUCUUAAUUUACAGAGUGAGGUAGGCUUUAUUUAUAGAGUCAUGUAGGCUUGGUUUACAAUCAGGUAGGCUUUAUAAAAAAGUCAGGUGGGCUUACUUUACAGAGUCAAGUAGGCUUAAUUAACACAGUCAGGUAGGCUUUAUUCACAAUGUCAGGUAGGCUUAAUAUACAGAGUCAAGUAGGCUUAAUUAACACAGUCAGGUAGGCUUUAUUCACAAUGUCAGGUAGGCUUAAUUUACAGAGUCAGGUAGGCUUAAUAUACAGAGUCAAGUAGGCUUAAUUAACACAGUCAGGUAGGCUUUAUUCACAAUGUCAGGUAGGCUCAAUAUACAGAGUCAAGUAGGCUAAAUUAACACAGUCAGAUAGGCUUUAUUUACAGAGUCAGGUAGGCUUAAUUUACAGAGUGAGGUAGGCUUUAUUUAAAAAGUCAGGUAGGCUUAAUUUGCAGAGUCACAUAGGCUUUAUUAACAAUGUCAGGUAGGCUAAAUAAACAGGGUCAGGUAGGCUUGAUUUACAGAGUGAGGUAGGCUUUAUUUAUAGAGUCAUGUAGGCUUAGUUUACAAUCAGGUAGGCUUUAUAAAAAAGUCAGGUAGGCUUAAUGUACAGAGUCACGCCGGCUUUAUUAACAGGGUCAGGUUUGUGUUAUUGUUAUUGAUUUGAUGAAAUUUUAAAUAAAUUUGUCUGACAUUGUGACUCAUGUGAACUGUUUGUUUGUUUGUUUAUUUGUUUAUUGUUUUGCAGAAAGUGGAGCUGCCUGACAGCCCUCGGUCCACCUUCCUGCUGGCCUUCAGCCCCGACAGGUGAGAUGUUUUUAAUGUGAAUGUAGUUCUUUAACAGGAGCGCUGAAUCUAAGGUGGAUACAGUUUUAGUCUGUUAGGGUCUGUCUGUCUGUCUGUCUGUCUGUCUGUCUGUCUGUCUGUCUGUCUGUCUGUCUGUCUGUCUGUCUGUCCCCCCUCAUUAACUCCUUCUGUCGACUCCCCUCGUCUCUCACAGGACCCUCAUGGCUUCCACACACGUCAACCACAACAUUUACAUAACGGAGGUGAAGACAGGAAAGUGCCUGCAUUCUCUAGUGGGCCACCGUAGGACCCCCUGGUGUGUGACCUUUCACCCCACAAUCCCCGGCCUGGUGGCUUCUGGGUGCCUUGAUGGCGAAGUUCGAAUAUGGGACCUUCAUGUGAGUCUUUGACAGAGAUGACCUCCGUCAGGUUUGUCCGACAGUAGAGGUCAAUUAAAACCUCUGAACUGUGUGUGUGCGUGUGUGUGUGUGUGUGUGUGUGUGUGUGUGUGUGUGUGUGUGUGUGUGUGUGUGUGUGUGUGUGUGUGUGUGUGUGUGUGUGUGUGUGCAGGGUGGUAGUGAGAGUUGGUUCACAGAGAGCAACGUCGCCAUCGCCUCCCUGGCCUUCCAUCCAACAGCCCAGCUGCUCCUCAUCGCCACCAACAACGAGCUGCACUUCUGGGACUGGAGCCGACCGGAGCCUUUCGCCGUGGUCAAGACGGGCAGCGACACCGAGAGAGUCCGGUGGGUCAGACUGAGGUUCUGAGUGUAGGAGUCCGAUGGUUCAGUGUCUCCCUCAGGUCUUACCCUCCUGUUUUGUCGUUGUGUGGUUUCAGGUUGGUGAGGUUCGAUCCUCUCGGUCAUAACCUGCUGACAGCGAUAGUGAAUCCAUCCAAUCAGCAGGUGAGUGUGCGCUCUCUGUUUCUGCAGAUCUUUGGAGGUUAGGGUCAAAGUUCACUGUGUGUCUUGCGUGUUUCAGAACGAGGAGGACUCGGAGGUCCCGAUGGACAGCGUGGAGAUGCCUCACUUUCGGCAGCGCUCCUUUCUGCCUUCACAGCCGGUCCGCCGCACGCCCAUCCUCCACAACUUCCUGCACAUCCUGUCGUCUCGUUCUCCGGGGGCUCAGGCGGGAGGAGAGCAGCCCCGCCCCCUCGGUGACGGCGGAGGCAGCGUAGGAGAAUCUCCCAGCAUCCCUCUGGCUCAGUACCCCGGCCCUGACCGCGGACCCCCCUUCCCGGGCUGCACCCAGCACCUCGGCAUGGUGUGUCUGUGCAGCCGCUGUUCCAUCAACCGUAACCCCGCCCUCUCCUCCAACACGGCCCCUCCUGACGUCCCCCCGCCCCCCUCAGCCUCCACCUUCUCCUCCGCGCGCACGGAGCCCCGACAGCCGUCAGAGCGGCCCUCCGCCUUCACCUCCGUCUACUACAGCGCCGGCUCAUCUAUCAACACCACCGCCCCCAGUAUGGACCCCCACUCCGCCCCCAGACCUGGACCGGACUGGACCCGCAACCUGCUCAGUAUGAGGGAGGGGGGAGUCGGUCCGGGCAUGCUCCCCCCCAGGACCUCGUCCUCCUCCAUCAGCCUGCUGUCGGUGCUGCAGCAGCAGGACGGCUCCUCUCAGCCCCCGGUCUACACCUCUGCCUCUGAGGGGCGGGGCUUCCCUCAGCCGGGCGAGCCGGGGGGGCGUGACGCGGCAGGCACCAGCAGCGGACACCACCCGUUCUGGGACGGCUCUCGCAGCAACACGGCGUCCUUCAGGAACGUGCUUCAGUGCAACCUGAGCCGCUACUUCAUGGAGUUCGACCGCAUGCAGGACCUGGAGCCGCCUUUAGGGGGCGGGCUGGGGGAGGGGGGUCCGGAGCAGACCCAAGAACUGCUGAAUAAUAACAUGGACCCGGAUAGACCUGGACCUUCAUCCACCUCCUCCUCCUCCCCCACCAUCAUCCACUAUCAGCCGCCCCUCCCCCCGCCUCCCUCCUCUCACAGCCUGGAGAACAACGUCCCUCCCCCCUCCUCCCGUGGUCACCUGAACCGCUGCCGGGCCUGCCACAACCUGCUCACCUUCAACCACGACUCCCAGCGCUGGGAGCGCACCAACCAGGCCUCCUCCACCUCCGCCUCCGGCCUGGACCCCUCCUCCUCCUCCUCCUCCUCCCCCUCCUCCUCCUCCUUUCCUCCUUCUUCAUCGCCAUGGCAGCCUGAGGAGAGCAGAAGGACUCUAGAGGUCCAGCCUACAGAGAGGAGGGGGCCUCCGGAGCCCAGUGAGCAGCCCCCGCCCCCCAGAGGUGGAGGAGGAGCAGGACCAGUGGCCUUCCCCAUCGCUCCGACCCCCAGCCAGCCCGGGGAGCAGACGGUGGGUCUGGUCUACAACCAGGACACGGCGCAGUGGGAGCGGGUGUACCGGCAGGCGGCUGCUGGGAGGUCGGCCGAGCCGCCGGAGGCCUUAAGCCAAGAAAUGCCUGUAGACCCCCCCGACGAGGACUCGCUCAGGAGGUAGGAACCGUUUAGAUCAGGCUCAGGGGCCUCAUUUAUAAAGCUUGCUUACGCACAAAACCUGGCUAGAAAUUGCGUACGCCACUUCUUACGCAAGAGUUGGGAUUUAUAAAAGAAAAACUAGUGUAGGAAUGUGCGCAACUUUAAGCAAACUCCACACCUUGCUUACGCACUUUUUGGAGACAAUCGGAGCAAGGUGAGAAUAGUCCGGGUGAUGCGUUCAGCACAACGGAUGACUCGAUGCAGCCUUUCUGUCCUGAGGGCUGCAGCUGCUGUAACAGGCAGUGAUGCUCGCAGAAAGCACAGACCCCACUGUGGCGGUGUAGGAAGUUUGCCAAUUUGAAUUUACAAAUGUGCAAAAAAACAAAUUCCAUUUACAUGCAUUUGUUUUAAGAUUAAUAUGACUAAAUCUUUUUGGUUUACGAACUUUCACCACAUAAGCAGCGGUGGAUAACGGAGCGGUUUUUUUUUUUUAACACAUGCACGAGUGUCACACGUGCAUGUUUUUUCUGAUCCUCACCUGUCGCCGCCACGCUCCGAUGGUGCAAAGCCACUUUUUUCUUUGCCUCCACCUUUAGAUCAGACCACUUCUUCUUGAUUUCGGCACAGUUUUGUUUUCGUCUACGUCAUCGUCAACGAAAACAAAACUCCACGUGUUUGCGCGUGCGUGCGUGUGUGUCUGUGUGUUGGAGGAGCACAGCAGGCUGAUGACAGCUGUCAGAGCGGACUGAAGCUGCUCCUAUAUGGUUAGCGUUUAACUGACUGAGUUUUGCAACUCUGGUCGUCAUUUUCGUCUCGUCCCAUCAACGUAAACGCACUUUCGUCUCGUCACAUUUUAGUCAUCUCCGACUUAUGUUUAGCUCGUCAACGUUACGUCUUCGUCGUGGAAGAAAAGGGAAAUAUUUCCGUCAACAAAAACAACCAGUGUUGUUCUCGUUGACGAAAAUAUUUGACGAAAUAUGACGAAAACAACACUGUUUCGGCAACGCUGCGCUCAGUGCCAACCGCAAUUGCCACCACGGCAACGGCGUUUUCAUCGGUGAUGCCACUCGAAUGGCCGCCGAAUUAAGGUCUCCCGUCUCGCCGCCACCUCAUUUACAAGAACCUCCACCUCGAUCUCUGAAAAGUUUCUUUUUCUACGACUUGCUGAUGCCAUGGUUAAGCGUGAAAUGCCGUGGAUCCACCAGGCUUAUCUACAUGCAAAUCACAUUCACGAGGUAAUUUGCAUGACCAUACAUGGUGAAUUUUGGGUGUGGAGAGGGCGGGGAAGAAUCAAAUCCCUGCUGAGCAACUUUCCGGCUGGUCUGUGAUUUAUAAAGGGAAAGUGCGUGCAGGUGUGCGUAGGCAGGGUUUUAUAAAUCUGAUUUUUUUUUUGCCUACGCACUUUUCAGCUUUUCAACUUACGUACACUUUUAGUAUGGAUCCUACGCCAGGUUUUAUAAAUGAGGCCCCAGGUCCUUAAAGGAGGUGUCGUGGUGAGGCGUCGGUCCUCAGACUGAGAUGAUCUGCUUCUCUGUUCUCAGGAGACUUCUGGAAUCAUCUCUGCUCUCGCUGUCACGCUACGACAUGUCCGGAUCCAGAGACCACCCCAUUUACCCAGACCCAGCCAGGUACGGAAACACACGGACUGACCCUUUAAACCUGUAGACCCAGACUCAAUCAAUCAAUCAAUCAAUCAAUCAAUCAAACUUUGUUUUUAAAGCACUUUUCAAACAUGGACUGUAGUACAAAGUAAAAACAGUGAAAUGAAGUAAAUACAAAUACAAAUACCAAACCCCCCCCACCCCCCCAACACACACACACACACACACACACACACACACACACACACACACACACACACACACACACACUCUGAAGACACACAGGUGAGGACUCUUCAACUCUCCACAGAUGACUGAGGAAACUCUGGAUCUCAGACUAAAAGAAUAAAAACAUGAUAAAAUAAAAUAAAGGUGAUAAAGUGUUAAAAGUUCAUGAAAUAAAAACGUCUUAAAAUCAAACAAUAAAGAAAGUAAAUAAAAAAAAGAGGAAAUAAAACACAAAAAAGUGACUCUAGGACUAAAAAAGGGUCAAAUCACAUAAUUCAAAUUAAAAGAUUAAAACUAAAUUUAACUCAAAGUCAGACUAAAAAGGUCUUUACUUUUACAAAUCUAAACAGUAGGUGGCGCUCUCAGGUCUGCAGGUCGCCUGUUCUACAGAUGGGGACUGUAAUAUUGGAACGAUGGUUCUUCGUAUGUUUGAGUUUUUAAUUCAAAGAUCUGAAGACCUGAGGGCUGGACCAGGAUCACACGGUAAAAUAAGAAGGACCAGGAAGAGCUUUAAAAUCUGAUAAAAGGACCUGAAACUCUAAAAUCAGGUUUUAAAACCGGUGUGACGUGGACUCUCGUCCUGGUCUGAAGUUUGUCGGAGAUUUCUGUUCUUUAUAAGAAGACCAGAGAGGAGAGCGUUACAACAGUCAACUCUACAGGUGAUAAAAGCAUGAAGAAGAAGAGUGUCUGCGCUGACCUGAGAGAGACACUGGCGCCCCCUGGAGGUCUUCUUUAAAUGAUAAAAAGACUUUUCAGUAACAUCUCGUAUGUUAGAGUCAAACAUCACACCCAGAUCUGUAACCAUCAGGUCAGGUCCGGAUCAGGUCUGGGUCCGUGGUCCGGUCCGGUCCUGGGGCUCUGCUCUAACACUAAAACCUGAUCCCUGUCUGUGUGCUGGUCUACAGACUGUCUCCUGCUGCUUACUACGCCCAAAGGAUGAUCCAGUACCUGUCCAGGAGGGACAGCAUCCGCCAGCGCUCCCUCCGGUACCAGCAGAACCGUCUCCGGGCCAUGUCCUCGUCCUCAGACAGUCCCACCAGCAACCCGUCCAACUCGAUGGACAGCAGCGACGUGGACUUUGAGGAGCUGGAGUGAGUCCUGAUCUGUGUGAUGUUUGAAGGACUCGUCUGAUCCUGUUUUCUGCUGAUUCAGCACCUCAAAGUCAGACCUGCCCCCUUUGUCCUCCUGGUCUCGGUUUUCUCACAGUCCUCUGUCUUUUCUGCAGUGAUAACGGAGACAGAGCCAGACACAGGACUCCCCGGAACGCCAGGAUGGCCGCUCCCUCUCUGGGUCGCUUCGUCCCUCGGUGAGUCAGCCUUAAAGAACCGGUCCAAACCGGUCCAGGUUGGUUCUGGUGCGUCUCUGACAUCUCUUCUUCUGUGGUGUUCUCCUGCAGGAGGUUCCUCCUCCCUGAGUACCUGCCCUACGCCGGGAUCUUCCAUGAGAGAGGGCAGCCGGGGCUGGCUACACACUCCUCUGUCAACAGAGUCCUCGCUGGUACACACAGACACACACACACACACAGACACACACAGACACACACACACACACACACAGACACACACAGACACACACACACAGACACGCACACACACACACACAGACACACACACAGACACACAGACACACUCUCUGAUGUCAGGACACUGAUGGCGUUGUUUUGUCGUGGUCAGGUGCUUCUAUCGGAGACGGUCAGUCUGCCGUGGCCAGUAACAUCGCCAACACCACCUACCGGCUGCAGUGGUGGGACUUCACCAAAUUUGACCUUCCUGAGAUCAGCAACGGUGAGACUGUGGUCCUGCUCAGACCUGGAGGAACCAUGAAGCUGAGGGUGGAGGAUCAGAACAUGAAGAUCUGAUGAUGGUCUCUGUGUUUGUCUCCUCUGCAGCUUCAGUCAACGUUCUGGUGCCAAACUGUAAGAUCUACAACGAUGCGAGCUGCGACAUCUCUGCUGACGGUCAGCUGCUGGCCGUCUUCAUUCCCAGCAGCCAGCGAGGUUUUCCAGACGAAGGGAUCCUGGCCAUCUACUCUCUGGCUCCUCACAACCUGGGAGAGAUGCUCUACACCAAGAGAUUCGGUACGUGAGCCUCAGACUUCCUCAGACCUCCUCAGCCCCCCUCAGACCUCCUCAGACCUCCUCAGACCUCCUCAGACCUCCUCAGCCCCCCUCAGACCUCCUCAGACCCCCUCAGACCUCCUCAGACCCCCUCAGACCUCCUCAGACCCCCUCAGACCUCCUCAGACCUCCUCAGACCUCCUCAGCCCCCUCAGACCUCCUCAGACCCCCUCAGACCUCCUCAGACCUCCUCAGACCCCCUCAUACCUCCUCAGACCUCCUCAGACCCCCUCAGACCCCCUCAGACCUCCUCAGACCUCCUCAGACCCCCUCAGACCUCCUCAGACCCCCUCAGACCUCCUCAGACCUCCUCAGACCUCCUCAGACCCCCUCAGACCUCCUCAGACCCCCUCAGACCUCCUCAGACCUCCUCAGACCCCCUCAUACCUCCUCAGACCUCCUCAGACCCCCUCAGACCCCCUCAGACCUCCUCAGACCUCCUCAGACCCCCUCAGACCUCCUCAGACCCCCUCAGACCUCCUCAGACCUCCUCAGACCUCCUCAGACCCCCUCAGACCUCCUCAGACCCCCUCAUACCUCCUCAGACCUCCUCAGACCUCCUCAGACCUCCUCAGACCCCCUCAGACCUCCUCAGACCCCCUCAGACCUCCUCAGACCUCCUCAGACCUCCUCUAACCCCCUCAGACCUCCUCAGACCCCCUCAGACCUCCUCAGACCUCCUCAGACCCCCUCAGACCUCCUCAGACCUCCUCAGACCUCCUCAGACUCCCUCAGACCUCCUCAGACCUCCUCAGACCUCCUCUAACCCCCUCAGACCUCCUCAGACCUCCUCAGCCCCCUCAGACCUCCCUCCUCAGCCCCCCUCAGACCUCCUCAGACCCCCUCAGACCUCCUCAGACCCCCUCAUACCUCCUCAGACCUCCUCAGACCUCCUCAGCCCCCUCAGACCCCCUCAGACCCCCUCAGACCUCCUCAGACCCCCUCAGACCUCCUCAGACCUCCUCUAACCCCCUCAGACCUCCUCAGACCCCCUCAGACCUCCUCAGACCUCCUCAGACCCCCUCAGACCCCCUCAGACCCCCUCAGACCCCCUCAGACCUCCUCCAUGGUUGAACUCUUCUCCUUUUUCCUCCUCAGGACCAAAUGCUAUCUCUGUCAGUUUGUCUCCGAUGGGCUGCUACGUGAUGGUGGGCCUGGCCUCUCGCAGGAUCCUGCUACAUCCCACCACUGACCACAUGGUGGCGCAAGUCUUCCGCCUGCAGCAGCCUCACGGGGGAGAGACGUCCAUCAGGGUGAGACGGAGGGAGAAGCUGUUUUACUCCUCCAAUCAUCUGUGCUCCUUUAUUUGAUGCUGAUCUGAAAACAGGAUCAGGGGGGCGUAGAAAUAUACCAAAUAGAUGUCACAGUCAAAUACAGAUAUAUGAGGACAGAGUUAAAUCUCUUUUUUAUGACAGAUUAAACACACAGAGAGAACCCUUCAAAAUAAAAGCAUGAUAAAAUAAUAAGAGUUUCCUUUAAUAGAUUUGAAAAGAGCUUUUUAACGGUCGAUGUGACUCCUGUCAGUCUUUCACAGCACACUGUCGGUACAGAGCUCUAACACCAUUGGUCGAUAGUUUCGAUGAUGACCCAAUCAUCAUGUUUAUAUCCAGGUAGAGCGGUGUAAGAGUGUUAACUGGAGGACUCUGAACCUCUCAGACAUGAGCGCUCAGGUCUCAUCAGUCCUUCUAUUAGAUCAUCCUGAUCAUCGGACCUCUGUUCUGUCCCUCAGAUGGUGUUUAACGUGGUCUACCCGAUGGCUCCAGACCAGCGGCGCCACGUCAGCAUCAACUCUGCUCGCUGGCUGCCUGACCCGGGGAUGGGUCUGGCUUAUGGAACCAACAAGGGGGACCUGGUCAUCUGUAGACCGGUGUAAGUGUCUCACAUGUUAUUAAAGAGGAUGAGUGACUGGGGCUGGGCGAUAAAACGAUCACGAUAUAUAUCCAACAUUGAUUUCCCUCAAUAUCAAUAUAAAACAUGAUCAAUAUGCUUUUCAAUAGUCGUCAUUCUGACAUGUUUUGGUCGACUAUACGAACAGUCAAUGAAAAGGGGAGUUUCUCCAGGUCUGAACCAAUCAUGUUCUGAAUUAGAACCAAGUAUCAACCAACUGCAGCGUCGUAGCAGACAGCAGCUCCACCCAACCAUAGCACUUUAACAGGUGAAGCCGACAGCACUGUUGGUGAGAAACAAAGAAAAUGAGUGCUACCCCCGACAGAAAUGACCAUGAAGGCUCAACAGAUGACCACAUCAAUGUCAACCACAACACUGGCGUUAGGAAAACGUCGGUGGUGUGGAGGUAUUUUGGUUUUUGGAGGUCGGACAUGAAGCAGAGUAAUGUGGACUGUAAAUUAUGUCGAGUACAUGUUCUCACAAAGUCGGGGAAUACCUCAAAUCUUUUUCACCACCUGAAGCAGCGCCACGCCGCAGAGCACGCGCAACGCCAAAGGUUACAAACCCCGAGAAGAGCGAGGAGCCGAAACAGACGACCAUUCAGUCGUCUUUCUCUAGAGCGACGCCUUACGACAAAACGCCAAAGAGACACACAGACCUCACAGAUGCAGGAGAUUAUUGUGUUGGAAAAGACAUGAGACCAAUAAACUCUGUUAGAUUUUUAGAUCCUGAUAUUGAUCGAUAUCAGCUGAUAUAAAACAAAUAUUUCAUGAUAAACGUUUUCAAAUGUGGCCCAGCCCUACAUCAGGGUGAAGACCUGAAUCUGUCUGAAACUCUGUUCGUCCUCCUCUGAGUGUUUUUCUCUGAUCAUGGAGAGAAAAGGAGUGAAUUCAGAUGUUCUCCCUGAUGAUGAAGAAGCUCCUGCUCCUCCUCCUCCUCCUCCCUCACAUGGACUACAGUGAAGAUGAUGAGAUUAUCCUAAUGUCCAAUCUGAACAGGAAGACUCUUAAUUGAAGGAGGUCAAUUAGUGCUUUUAAUGAGGUCGUGGUCUGUGUGGUUCCACGAAAAAACCCCUCCCCUCUUUUCAAGACUUCCUGAAUGGAAGUGAAUUAACCAGCUGUGUGUGUGUGUGUGUGUGUGUGUGUGUGUGUGUGUGUGUGUGUGUGUGUGUGUGUGUGUGUGUGUGUGUGUGUGUGUGUGUGUGUGUGCGUGUGUGUGUGUGUGUGUGUGUGUGUGUGUGCAGGUUCUAUCGCAGUGAUGGGGAGAGCCCUCCAGAGUCCAGCAGUGAACCUUUAUUCUCCGUCAACAACAGCGGAACCAGCCGGACCCGAGGUUCUGACAGACCGGGGUGAGAGCUGCAGAUAAGACCAGAGUCUGGGUUUUUGGGUUUUUGGGUUCGGGGACACGGACUCUGUUCUCGGGGAAAUAAGGUCCUAAUGAAGAUGUUUUUAGGACCAGAAAGUUUGGUUCCUCUGACCCAGUUUGUAGAGUUCUGCUGGGUCACCCUAUAGCUGACCCCUGAUGACCCUUUAAACAGUCUGAGUCCAGGUGUAGGAGCGUUGGGUCUGAAGGUACUUUAGUUUCUCCCUGACUGAGCGGUACCAGCUCUAAAGGUUCUGUAUGAAAACGGGUUCUUCUUCUUAGUUAUCAUUAAAAACAUAAAGGUCCGACAACUGAGAGGAACGACUGAAGGGAACUUUGGUGUUUCAAAGAGAGAGAGAGAGAGAGUCUGCAACUUUUUUAGUCUUCAACUUUUUAAAUCUUUAACUUUUUUAGUCUUAACUUUUUUAGUCUUCAACUUUUUAAAUCUUUAACUUUUUUAGUCUAACUUUUUAAAUCUUUAACUUUUUUAGUCUUAACUUUUUUAGUCUUUAACUUUUUUAGUCUUUAACUAUUUUAGUCUUAAACUUUUUUAGUCUUUAACUUUUUAAAUCUUUAACUUUUUUAGUCUAACUUUUUUAGUCUUCAACUUUUUAGUCUUUAACUUUUUAAAUCUUUAACUUUUUUAGUCUUUAACUUUUUAAAUCUUUAACUUUUUUAGUCUAACUUUUUUAGUCUUUAACUUUUUUAGUCUUUAACUAUUUUAGUCUUUAACUUUUUAAAUCUAACUUUUUUAGUCUUUAACUUUUUUAGUCUAACUUUUUUAGUCUUUAACUAUUUUAGUCUUAAACUUUUUAGUCUUCAACUUUUUAAAUCUUUAACUUUUUAAAUCUAACUUUUUAAAUCUUUAACUUUUUUAGUCUAACUUUUUAGUCUUUAACUUUUUUAAAUCUUUUACUUUUUUAAUCUUCAGCUUUAGUGUGUGUGUAUAAGUGUGUUUUUUUUCCCAUAUUAGGGUGUGUAUUAGUGUGUGUUAGUGUGCGUCCCCCGUGCUCACCCUCCUCCUCUCUCUCUCUCUCUCUCUCUCUCUCUCUCUCUCUCUUUCUCUCUCUCUCUCUCUCCGGUUCCAGGCCGAACCGCUCCGGUUGGAGGUUGGACAGAGACAUGGGUUUGAUGAACGCCAUUGGUCUUCAGCCCAGACACCCCGCCCCCUCUGUGACAUCACAGGGGACCCAGACGCCAAUCAUCCAGCUGCACAACGCCGAGACCCAAACAGAGAGGGACCUAUCAGAACCCAGCGUCCCCCCGCCCCCUGCCAGUACUGACCCCCUUCAGUCCAGAACUAAGACAGUCAGACGUUCUGGACGGUUUAUGAUCCUCUCAUCCUUCUGUCUCUCCUCAGAUGUCCCUCCUGAGACCCCGUCCACCAGUCGAGCGUCUGCAGGGCAGACUGAGGCGUCUCAGAGUGUCCGGGCUGCAGAUGGAGGACCAGGACCAGGAGAAGCUUCAGGAGAGACCAGCGCGUCCACAGGGAGUACCGGUACUGCUGCACAGACACUCUGAGGGUUUCAGACUUUCUUACCUGCACUUCUUCUGUCCUGAUGUUUGUCUGCAUGAAGAUUGAACCUGUGUGUGAGCAGGACUGUCCUUUUUGUCUUUACACCGCGCUCCUGGUGUCCAAUCCUUUUUAGAGCGUCCCAUAACUCCUUCAAACCGGGUCGGUCCAGAAACUGAGAUUUGGACGUAAAUCAGCAGGAUAAGAACGGACUGAUUGUUUCAAACUGAGGAUGCAGCAUCUAUGGUUUCCAGUUCUAUGUUGAAAGGACAGCUGGACUUAACCUUUGAACUCCCAGCUGUAUUUUCUAUUUUGGCCUGUUUAUAAUUUUUUCUUGUCUCUUAUUGGGAACAACAGAAGAAGAAUAUGAGACCGUGUGAUUGGUCGAAAGUUUGACAGAAGAAGACGUCAUCAAAACAGCUCGUCAAACCCGGAUGACAUUAGUGAUAUUUAGUGAUAUUGAUCUUUUUUUAAUCACAACAGUCUGAUCAAUAAUCCUGUUUUCACUGUAGAUUUACCACCAAUCGUCUCUGAUCAAACACCUGUGUCUGAGGCUGGACUGUAAACCUUGUGGCAGGUGUAGAAACGUCUGUAAACCCUCGAUAGAUCGACUAAAGGGUAAACUAUUGAUCAGUUUUGAUCCCGUAGAGAUAAACGGUAUAGAUCCUGAGAAACUGUGAACUAUAUUAGCGGAGUCACGGGGGAUCGACGGCGGUCCAGCGGCGCUUUAAGAGUUACUUUAGAGGCUUCGUCUCAAGUCCAGUUGUCCCUCUUCUCCUCAGUCCGCCUUAAACGGGGUCAGGUCUUUGAAACAGCUGAUGAACUGACUCUGCGUCAGCGUUUGUUUGUCUCAAAGCAUCAUGGGAGCUGUAGUUUGGGAGUGUUGGGUAAAGACAAAAACACAGAGUUCUGAACGUAGAUCCCUCUGUCAGGUUCCGUCCUCCUGACUCGUCUCGUGUCUCUCGUUGGUCCAGCAGAGUCUGCCGAGUUCGGCUCCGGCGAGGACGCUCUGGCUCGGAUCCGGCGGCUGAUGGCGGAGGGCGGGAUGACGGCGGUGGUGCAGCGGGAGCAGAGCACCACGAUGGCGUCCAUGGGCGGUUUUGGGAACAACAUCAUCGUCAGCCACCGGAUCCACCGCGGCUCCCAGACCAACACAGGGGUCCCCAGACCGGCCGACCCCUCCCUGACCACCCCCUCCACCUCAGGACCUCUCCUCGUCCCCCCUCCUCCUCCCCCCCAGGCCUCCUCCACCUCUGAGCAGCUGUGGGGACCCCCUCCUCCCCCCGGCCUCUCUCUGGACAUGGACGACGUUUUCGACGGCGGGCGAACGGACGAGGACCCUGUACCCUCCUCUUCCUCCCUGCUCUUGUCUUCCCCCUCUUCCUCCUCCUCCUCCUCCUCCUCCUCUCGCAGCCCCCUCCCCAGUGUCGGAGGCGGAGUCGGCCCCCCCGACAGUUACCCCGGCGACCCGUACAGCAGGUAG